AUGGUUUUAUCAGCCCCAGUGAUAGCCCUGGGGGCUACCUUAGGGACUGCAACCAGCAUCCUCGCCCUCUGCGGGCUCACCUGCCUCUGCAAAUGCAAGCAGCCUGGGAAAGGACUCUCCGAGAAGGACCCGGAUUGUGACCCAGGAAACACUAAGCCCACUAAGCCCAGCGUGCUUCAGCCAGUCCAGCAAUUCAACGUUAAGAAAACCGCAGAGCCAGUCCAGCCUCGAGCACUCCUGAAGUUUCCCAACAUUUAUGGCCCCAAACCAGCAGUAACUUCACCUGAAAUUGUUAACUACACGCAGUACUCCCUGAAGACAACAGAAGCAGCAGCUCCUGGAAAACUCACUGGUUUGGAUGAGAACAGGGUGAAGAUACAAGUCAAUGAGGAGCUGUUUGUUCUCCCUCAAAACGGUGUCGUGACAGACGUGUGUGUGACAGAGCCCCUGAACCCCGAGAGGGUGGCUGGUGGCACCCAGGCCCCCGAGCUGCACUACUCCCUCCUCUAUGACCCACAGCACGCCGAGCUCCGGGUGGCCCUCCUGGAAGCUAUGCACGGCAGAAUCAGUGGGGACCAAGAUGCUGGCUGCCACUGUUACGUGCUGGGCACGCUGGAGAGCAAGGCCGGCACUGCCGAGGCCCAGACAGAGCUGAAGAAGAAGGUGCCCCACACCCUCUGGGAGGAGGCCCUGCGGUUCCCCGUGACGGAGCAGGAGAUGGCAGAGGCCACACUGACUCUCACCCUGAGGAACUGCGACAAGUUCUCCAGGCACAGCAUCGUGGGGGAGCUCAGACUGAGCCUCGCCAGCGCGGAGGAGUCCUUUGGGAGGGCCCAGUGGGAACGGCUCAAGACCCCGGAGAAGGAGCCAUCUACAGGCCACGGGGAGGUGCUGCUCUCUAUCAGCUACCUGCCAGCAGCCAACCGCCUGCUGGUGGUGAUUAUUAAGGCUAAAAACCUCCACUCCAAGCAGCUGAAAGAUCUACUUGGCAAUGAUGUUUCUGUCAAGGUGACACUGAGGCACCAGUCCUUGAAGCUGAAGAAGAAGCAGACCAAACGUGCAAAACACAAGAUCAACCCCGUGUGGAACGAGAUGAUCAUGUUUGAGGUGCCUCACGAGCUCCUGCGCGCCUCCAGCGUGGAGCUGGACAUGCUGAGCCAGGAUGGUGCUGGGCAGAGCCAGGUGCUGGGCAGGUGCAGCCUGGGCUUGCAGGGCACGGCCACCGAGAGGAACCACUGGGAGGAAAUGCUGAGGAACCCCAGGAGACAGAUAGCCAUGUGGCACCAGCUCCACAUGUAG